GAGCGGGAGUCGCCGCCCCUCGAGUGCGCAGGCGCCUGGUGGUUACCGGUCUCGCCAUGGAGCGGAAAGUGCUUGCGCUCCAGGCCCGAAAGAAAAGGACCAAGGCCAAGAAGGACAAAGCCCAAAGAAAAUCUGAAACUCAGCACCGAGGCUCUGCUCCCCACUCAGAGAGUGACCCACCAGAACAGGAAGAGGAGAUUCUGGGAUCUGAUGAUGAUGAGCAGGAAGAUCCCAAUGAUUAUUGUAAAGGAGGUUAUCAUCUUGUGAAAAUCGGAGAUCUAUUCAAUGGGAGAUAUCAUGUGAUCCGAAAGUUGGGUUGGGGACACUUUUCAACAGUGUGGUUAUCAUGGGAUAUUCAGGGGAAGAAGUUUGUAGCCAUGAAAGUAGUUAAAAGUGCUGAACAUUAUACUGAAACAGCACUAGAUGAAAUCCGGUUGCUGAAAUCAGUUCGCAAUUCAGACCCUAAUGAUCCAAAUAAGGAAAUGGUUGUUCAACUACUAGAUGACUUUAAAAUAUCAGGAGUUAAUGGAACACAUAUCUGCAUGGUGUUUGAAGUUUUGGGGCAUCAUCUGCUGAAGUGGAUCAUCAAGUCCAACUAUCAAGGGCUUCCACUGCCUUGUGUCAAAACAAUCAUUCAGCAAGUGUUACAGGGUCUGGAUUACUUACACAGCAAGUGCCGGAUCAUCCACACUGACAUUAAACCAGAAAACAUUUUGUUGUCGGUGAAUGAGCAGUACAUUCGAAGGUUGGCUGCAGAAGCCACAGAGUGGCAGCGGUCUGGAGCUCCUCCACCUUCUGGAUCUGCAGUCAGUACAGCGCCCCAGCCUAAACCAGCUGACAAAAUGUCAAAGAAUAAGAAGAAGAAAUUGAAGAAGAAGCAGAAGCGCCAGGCAGAAUUACUAGAGAAGCGAAUGCAGGAAAUUGAGGAAAUGGAGAAAGAGUCGGGCCCUGGGCAAAAAAGACCAAACAAGCAAGAAGAAUCAGAGAGUCCUGUUGAAAGACCCUUGAAAGAGAACCCACCUAAUAAAAUGACCCAAGAAAAACUUGAAGAGUCAAGUACCGUUGACCAGGAUCAAACACUUAUGGAACGUGGUGUAGAGGGUGGUGCAGCAGAAAUUAAUUGCAAUGGAGUAAUUGAAAUCACUAAUUAUACUGAGAACAGUAAUAAAGAAACAUUGAGGCUUAAAGACGAUCUACAUAAUGCUAAUGACUAUGAUGUCCAAAAUUUGAAGCAGGAAACUAGUUUCCUAAGCUCCCAAAAUGGAGACAGCAGCACAUCUCAAGAAACAGACUCUUGUACACCUGUAACCUCUGAGGUGUCAGAUACCAUGGUGUGCCCGUCUUCAUCAAACGUAGACCAGUCACUAAGUGAACAGGACAUCACUCAACUUCAAGAAAGCAUUCGGGCAGAAAUACCCUGUGAAGAUGAACAAGACCAAGAACAUAAUGGACCACUGGACAACAAAGGAAAAUCCACUGCUGGAAAUUUUCUUGUUAAUCCCCUUGAGCCAAAAAAUGCAGAGAAGCUCCAAGUGAAGAUUGCUGAUCUUGGAAAUGCCUGUUGGGUGCAUAAGCAUUUCACUGAAGAUAUUCAAACCAGGCAGUAUCGCUCCUUGGAAGUUCUGAUAGGAUCUGGCUAUAGUACCCCAGCUGACAUUUGGAGCACAGCAUGCAUGGCCUUUGAACUGGCCACAGGUGACUAUUUGUUUGAACCUCAUUCAGGGGAAGAGUACACUCGAGAUGAAGACCACAUUGCGCACAUUAUAGAGCUGAUAGGCAGAAUUCCAAGACGCUUUGCCCUCAGUGGGAAAUAUUCCCAGGACUUCUUCAAUCGCAGAGAACUCCUGGGGAAGGUGCCUCGCAAGCUCAUUGUGGCGGGAAAAUAUUCCAAGGAAUUUUUCACCAAAAAAGGUGACCUGAAACACAUCACGAAGCUGAAACCCUGGGGCCUUUUUGAGGUUCUAGUGGAGAAAUAUGAGUGGUCUCAGGAAGAGGCAGCUGGCUUCACGGAUUUCUUACUGCCCAUGUUGGAGCUGAUCCCCGAGAAGAGAGCCACUGCCGCUGACUGUCUCCGACACCCUUGGCUCAACUCCUAAGCCCCAGCCCAGCUCUGCAGCAGAGAUCACACGCUGAUCCUCCGCUGACCCUCCGCCCCUCCUCCCCCCUCCUCCCCGCCAAGCAUUUCCCACUUCCCUUUUCAGGGUGAAGCUCUUUCUUCAAGGGUUUCUAGGUUUGGGGUUGUUGUUUUUUCCCAGACAUGUUCAUUUGGGUCUGCUUACUGGACCCUGUGGAGAUUCCCCCCACAGCCAUUGGGCAUCCUAGAUGAAUUUGGCCUUGAUUGGGCUUUACCAAAGACUAAUGGACUAAAAUGUGCAACAGCCUCUUGCCCUGUACCCUUGUCUUUCCAUUAGGACAUCCUUUAAAUUAUAAGCAGCCUUUUAAAAAAGAGCUAUGCAGAUGUAUGAGCUCAUCCUUUUAUUCACUGACUCUAAGAGUCAAUUUUCUAGUGCAUAUCCUAUUGCCAGCAUAAGGAUGAGACGGGGGGAAGGGUGUUACUUCUCUGUACAGCAGAGACAUUAAACUUGCUGCAUCCGGGCUGCAACAUCUUCCUGGAUUGUUUCUGUUCUCUAUGUUCACAUUUUUUCCUGCGACUUUUAAGCUACUGUCUUUUUAAAUGAGCUGUGUAAACACCAGAUUUGGGUACCAUUUUAUCACUGUUCUAAACAGUCAUGUUCUUAUUAUCCUUUAAUAACAGCCUUGAAACUUCAGUCUGACUUUGAUGGAAACAAAAACAACCACAGACUAGUAAUUUCUUCUGAACCACAGGUGUUCUGCAAACAGUCCUUUCCUGUGUCUAACAGCAGAGUUAUUUUGAUUGGCUGUUUGGGGAUUGGGGGGGGGGGGUCUUUUAAUCCCUGGCUGGCACUUUACUCAUUUCACUUGGGUUUAUUGCCCCAAAACUAAAGAAUUCAGGAUGACUCCAUAAAGGAGAUCUGGACUUCAGAGAAUUCCCACCUAAGAAGAAAAUGUCCUAGAGUUCUUCAUUCUUUUCCAAGCAAUCCCCAAACCUUUAUUUACAGCAUUUUCUUUGCCUUGUCCAAAAUGUAGCUUUGAAGCAGUUUCCUUCUGUGGCUUUGCCUUUCUCAUUUUCUCAGAGGCUUCAGGUCUUAAAUGAAAUCCCAGGAUGAAAGAACCAAGGGAAGGGGUGGGAUGGCACUUUUUUUCAUUAUUUUGAGGGUUUGGAUUUUUUUGUGGGGUUUUUGUUGUUGGUUUAGGAUUAACCAUUCUCUGCUGCUAUUUCCUUGUAUAAUGUAAGUUUUUAACUGCAGUUUUGACAUGAUUGAGAUGUACUUGAGGCUUUUUCUUUUUCAAAUGAGAAAAGGCUUUGUGAAUCUUACUUUAGGGUGGGUCUCUCUCAGCCUUGCCCUAGACUUCAUGUUUCUCUGGUCAUACUGAAAAAUAAAAGGGGCAUGAUAGCGGCCCCAGGCGCUUGUUCAGCAUGGACCAAGUGGGCCUUGGGGAUUACAGCAUUCCCCGGAAGCGGCCACAGGACUGAGGCACGGACACCAAGGAGGUGCGGCUUGAGGCUCUACUAGCAAAUCUUCCAAUGAGACGUGGGUAGCCAAUUUUCUCUGUGAGAAUUGGAAUGUAGAUUCUGUCAUUUAUCCACCAACAAUGGCAAAGGAAAAGGUGAUGCAAUUAUGCAAUCCAUUUAACUCAAACAUUACCUUGAGUAACUAUGGCCAGCCAUUCAUCGGAUCCUUGAUGGGGUAGUCCUGAAAUCAGACAUGUUCCUAUAGAAAGAAUUUGAAGUGAGGCUGUCUGUGCACCUAUCAAAAAUAAAGAAUGGAUUGUAUCAAACAACGGCAGGGAAAAUCCUUCAGCAAUUCCAAUACACUCUGGGUUUUCAGCGAUAUAUAUACAUCUAAAGCAAUAGAUUAGAACUGAAUUCUACACUGUGAAGUCACAACUGUGGGAUUACAGAAAUUCUGGUGGUGAUAUCAAAGUGAAAUAACCAAAACUUAAAUAGAAACACCCUUUUAACAGUUGACAUGAAAAGAACUUUUAGUAGGAGAAUCUAUAGCUUCAUUUUGGAACUGUUUCUCAUGAAUUAAGGGCUUCCCCCAUCAUUCAAGGAGCCAAAUUAGAAGCGGUAAAAAGAGGCAGCUGUAGAAUUUGAUCUUCCAAGUUCCCCAUGUACCUUUAUUGAACUUAAUCAUAAUACGUCAAAUUGCCAUGAUCUCACUAAAAGAUUUCUAUUUGCUGUCGGUUAAAAAUAAAACCCUGAAUACAUUUUUAUUCUUUCUACUGGAUGCAUUGUCUGUUUUCUUUGUAAAUGCAAUACAAUAAACAG